AUGCAAAUGCAAUCGCCAGUUGUCUUAAGCGGCAGCGAGAAGCUACCUCUUCUGGUGAUCGGAAAUUCCAAGCAACCUCGUGCGUUUAAGAACAAAGAGAUUCCUGUGAAGUACAAGGCUACUUCGAAGGCGUGGAUGACAGCAGAAAUUUUUGAAGAAAUGUUACAAACGUGGGACGGACAACUCGGGCAGCAAAACCGCAAAGUGUUGCUCUGUCUCGAUAACUUCUCUGGUCACCCUUCUGACGUCCACUUGGACAACAUCCAAAUGCUCUUCUUUUCGCCCAACACGACAGCAAAUUCCCAACCAAUGGAUCAAGGAAUCAUACAAAAUCUUAAGCACCAUUACAAAAAGCUCUUGCUGUCCCGCCGUCUCGAAGCCAUGGACGAAGAAAACGAGUUUAAAUUUACAUUGCUCGACUCUCUGCACGUCGCUCGGCGUGCAUGGGAGCAGGUCAGUGAAUUGACGAUUAAGAACUGUUUCGCGAAAGCCAAGUUUAUUGAAGAGGAAAUACAAAUAGAGCCAGAGGAUGCUGAGCUGCUCGAGAUCUGGAAAGCUUUACCUCCCGAAGAAAAGACACAUGAGAACGAAACAAUUGAGCUGUUUGAUUUUCUCAGUGCUGACGAUCGCCUCGUAACUGGAGGAUCUUUCACUCUAGAAGAAAAAGCAAAGGAGGUAAUGCAUAAUGAAGGUGGAAAGUGA